AUCCUUACUUUGACUUCAUUUUGUUUUUGUAUUUUGCAGUAUCCAGUUUACUUACUUGCAUAACCUAAACCCUAAAGAUCUUAAUAAACGUGAACAAUCUUUUACCAUAACCUUCAAUCAUGUCAAGUAGUACAUUUGAGUGCCUUGUUGUCCUGCAACCACUACUUGACUCUGCUGAAGAGAAAGACUGUAUUGCUGAGCCGAGCUCUUCUCAAGGGUGUCUUGUUGCUGGUAGAGCAAGUUCUGAAGUUAUGAAUGCUGGUGCUACACCUUCAAUCAUUGAAAUUGCAAGUGAUAACAUCAAGGAGGAGUUAGUGGAUGACAUAAAGGUUAUAUUAGUAAAAGAGGAACCAUUAUCAGAUGAGACUGUGGUGAGCAGCAGCAGUGAGUUGUCAUCUGCUGGUGGAACUACAGCAGCGGCUGGUGGCGGUGACCACUUUUCUGCAUCAUCCAGCUCCAGUCAAGUCACGAAAAGGUCGCAGCAAGGCGGCAAAAUUCACUCGCUUUCCCCAAUUGAAGAACUAAGGUUUGUGAUUCAGAAGCAUUUAUGCCUCAGUGAGGACGUUCUAGAAGCAGUCAUGCGAGCCAUACAAGAGGCUGGAGCAGAAAACCUGGACGACGCUCGGGAAUUUGUUGUAGAGAAAGAUCUGGCUGGCAUUCUCAAGCCUGUCCAGAUACGAAAGCUUCUGAAGCGAUGGUCUGAGCCGGAUACAGUGGAGCUCGUUCAAGUGGAGCCUGCUGUGCCUAUUACACUUCAUUGCCCUGCAUCCAACUGUGACCCCUCCUGGCCAUUGACCUUGGAUCUAAAACUUGAUUCAUUAGAAGCAGAUCUGAAGAAUAACAUCUAUUCGCAGCAUCGAGUCGUCGGUAGACAGCGCAGAACAUUAGUGCGACAUAUCUUGGCACAAGUUCAUAAAGUAACCAAAAAACCAUGCAAGAAACAAUUAAGAAUAAUUGCCUCUCGCAUUCAUUACAUGUAUCCCAAAGCCAUAACUGACCACAUUGAUGGGAACAUUAUUGGGACAGGCUUUGAAACUUUCCUCAAUCAGUUAAUCAAUAGAAAUGACAACUACCAGAGAAAAACGCCCUGUCUGCUUCCAAAACCCACAGGAAAUCAUGAAGUUGUCUCACCCACCAUCACGGAACAACAGGAGUGUGGAUCUGUGUCAGAACGCGCAGCUUCAUUGAAAAGGAGUUUCGUCGAUGGAGCCAACUUGUCAGAGUUUAUGUCAGCAACUUUCAAGCUUCAGCGAGCCGAUAUUAACUCAAAAACAGUUUCAGAUGUGAUGGCUGAAUGGCCAAUGCUUAAAACAAGUGCUGUAAUUUUAUGCCACUUUGAAGAACUAACUAAGGUCCCUCUCGAACAGUCUUUCAAAGAAAAAAUACCUCAGUUUAGUGAGCGCCUUGUUGAUUUCACGACUAGCGAUUCUUCUAAACACAGAGCCAGAAGCACUGCCAUCUACAUUGAAAUGUUGGAAGCAACCUACGCCACAGGCUGUCAUGGCGGCUCCUACUUGGGUGUCCUGUCGCUGAUAAUGCUUCAUCUAAACGAAGCUGUGGAUGCACUAUUUCCUCUGGUCCAUGAGCAAACUCUUCCUCACGAGCUGCCGUUAGCAGAGGCCACACGACCUAUGCUGUUUGUCUUUGGUCCGUCACUAGUGCAGGCGCGCAAGACGGUGCUCGCCUUCAACCAGCAAGUCGUGUGUGAAGUGUCAUCUCCACUUGAGGGACUAGCGACGCUCUUCGCUGCCUACUACGUCUUCAAAUACGAGUACCCGCCUUCCGCCUGCGCUACACUUGAAUUACUGCAGAGGUACUGUGCAGGAUUAGAUUUCGUACCCAGGCAAAUGAGACGCCGAAGUAGAGUGCAUCCACGAGUGGUGAAGCUCAUUUCCGACAUCUCCGACCAUCAGUGGAGGACCAGAAUUGAGGAGCGCAGAUCUGUGUUCAACCAGGAGUUAUCUGCAGCAUAAAUUCAGUGGACUUUUGUACAUAAUUAUAAUUCUGUUAUAAAUAAGCUCUCAAGUGAUAUUAGAUCUUAAUUGUUGUAAUUUUAUGUAUAAGCUUCUCUAUAUGUAUAGGUACCCGUUAUAUUGGAAAACAUACUUAUUGCCAAAAAAACUCAAAUGUUGAUCUGUUGCCAUGAGAUAUUAUUAUGGUACCCAGGUAAUCUCAUGGUUAAAAAUAGAGUUCAACAUUAAAAGGUUUACUUAAAUUGAUAUUUUGCAAACAAAAACGUUAAAUUAAGCGGUAAAAGUCAAGAGGAAACGUACUCUGAUUGCAGCCUUUUCAUUUCUUCACCACUAGGCCAUUUAAGAUUGUCGAUUAUAUAUCUUCUUCUCUCAUUGUGCUAUCACUCGAUUACUAUUAAUGCAUUGGGAGUUUUAUGCUUCUGUCAUUAAUGCCAGCAAACGAUUACAAGGACAUAGAUCGCUUCAAGAAACGUGUUUAAAGUUAGGCGCUUGAUGUUCUCAACGGCUCGUGUAGGUAAAUCUACUUAAAUUAAACGAUCGUCACUUUGGAUAUAGGGUUAUACUGUAUAUAAUAAUAGGGUUUAAUAAAUAUAAUGUGUCAGCACCGCUUUCCUGAGCGCGGGCAAUCACUCCUCGCCUGUCAUGGAUAAAACGCUAAUUUUGUGGCAUAUUGAUUAGGCGGAGUGUUCCUAAGGUGACAGAAUAUUUAAUGCUGGUGAAUGUAGCUGAAAAAAAUUUGUGAGGGGGAUUCUAGGCAUGGGCAUUUCUCUAUCCUCACUUGGGCAUUUCAAGUGAGUCUAUACUCGUGAGAAGUCUGGAGACAACAACGCGUUCUUAACCCUCUACCGCCUGACAUGAGUAACCGGAGCAAUAUUGUCACAAGGCUACUUCACACAAAGGAUACGUUCUAGUGAGAGCAAAAUCUUGCACUGAUGUGUGCCGCCACGUACAACUUUAAAAUGUUCUCUGUUGCGUACAAACGUCCUAAAUUUGCUACGCUAAAUAGUUUAUGUAUAAUCUAAGUUAGAAGUUAUAUUCCCGGAGAAUGACAUACGACGGUAGAAGGUUAAGAGCAUUGUUCUUGUGCGCCCCAUCACGGAGCUCGCGGUGCUUGACUGCGAGUCUCGGUUGUGGAGUCAAGUUGUUGUGUCGGCAGGAUUCCUUGCAUUUUCUCAUGCGUGUCUUGAUGGUGUAUCAGGUGUGACAUGUUGUGCGAUCAUAGU